CAAUCUGAUUGGUCAGUUGAGAGGGCCAUACAAAGGAAGCGUCUCCCAAACUAAUUUGAUAUCCAGAGUUAUUGAGAUCAGCCGGGCGGUGUGAAACUCUGCUAAAUUCACCAGUGUAAGAGAAGAUGGACCUGCUGUUGUUGUUGUUGGUGGCUGCCCUAUGCAAUCUUCAGUCCUCCAGCAAACCCAUGCGGAGGAAGGAACGUGUCCAUCAUGACACCCUCAUCAACAAUGAGCACGAUGAUGAAAAGAACUUCAACCUCAACUACGAGGCUUUUCUUGGACAAGAGGAGGCAAAGACGUUCAACCAGCUCACGCCAGAGGAGAGCAAACAGAGACUGGGUAAGAUUGCAGAAAAGAUUGACGAGGACCAUGACGGCUUUGUGACUCUUGAUGAGAUGACGCGGUGGAUCAAAAAUGCUCUGAAGCGAUGGAUCUAUAACGAUAUGGAACGGCAGUGGCAGGCUAUCGAUCACAACUCAGACGCUUAUGUCUCCUGGGAGGAGUACAAGAACGUUACCUUCGGCUACACCCUUGAUGAAGCGGAUCCCAAUAUCAGUUUUAACUACAGGCAGAUGAUGACCAGAGAUGAGCGUCGUUUCAAGAUGGCUGAUUAUGAUGGUGACAUGAGGGCCAAUAAGGAAGAGUUUACAGCGUUUCUUCACCCAGAGGAGUUUAACUACAUGAAGGAUAUCAUACUGCUGGAGGCUAUGGAGGACAUUGAUAAAAACGGAGAUGGUUUCAUCGACAUUGAUGAAUAUAUUGGUGAUAUGUACAGUCAGACUGGAGAGGCCAAUGAACCAGAGUGGGUGAAAACCGAAAGAGAACAGUUUAGACAGUUCAGGGAUCAAAACAAAGACGGCCGUAUGGAUAAGGACGAGACCCGUGACUGGAUCUUGCCCGCCGGGUACGACCAUGCAGAGGUUGAGGCCCAACACCUGCUGUAUGAGUCUGACACCGAUCAGGACGGACGCCUCACAAAGCAGGAAAUUGUGGAUAAGUAUGACUUCUUUGUCGGGAGUCAAGCGACAGAUUUUGGAGAAGCUCUGGUUCGACAUGAUGAGUUUUAAUUUGGGUAACUUAGCACUUAAAUGCAAAACAAACAAUUUAUUUUAUAAGUGCAAGUAUACCACAUUGUGGAACAUUGUUUAAAAAGCAUUUACAAGAGCAAAAAAAUAUAUAUAUUUUUUUACUUUCCAUGAACAUCUUUUAUAGAUUAACACUCAUCAUCGUUGGAAUCAGAUGUAGUUUUCAGGUCAGCUUGUGAAGCUUGUCAAAGUGUUGUGUAGAGGUUUGUCUAAAAGCCUAUAAUGCACUAAAAUGAGCCCCUUUAAUUCAGCAGAAUGGCAUGUGUGUAACCCGACACCGUAUAAAGCAAGAACCACUCUCUUUUGUUUUUACACUGCACAUUAUAUUAACUUUUUUUUUUUUUUGUUAUAAACUUAAAAAAAAAAAAACGACCUUGUAUUAUUUAGAAAAAUAGUUUACAUGUAAUGCUUUGCAACAUGUAUAUAUUUAUCUCCAUUUAGCUAGAGGAUGUAUGAUAUUGAACAUGAUUUUGAAUUUUUUUUUUUUUUUCUUAAUUUGGCUCAAAAUAUGCCCAAUGAGAAGUUCUGGAUUGAACAUUUCAGUGUUUCAAGGCUUGUGUGUUUUUUUUUUUGUUUUUUUUUUAAAAUAUGAUCAGUUUUAUUUUUCUGUGAUUUGCAAAGGAACAUAGACAGAACGACAGAUAAAAUAUGUGCACAAAAUUGAUCAUUUAACUGAUUGGGUUCUCAUUUAUGACUUCUAUGGCCCUUGUACAUCACUCGCUGAGACCUGUCAUGGAGAGCUUUAUGAAAAGGAAGUGCUCUCACUAAUGGACUGAACCAACAAAUUAAAGCUGUUCGUUCUUCAAGUGCCUUUUUUCCAUCUCCCUCAACUGCUUUGGAGUUAUUAUGCAAGACUUUUGGUUUUCUUACCUUUUUUUCCUUCUCUGCAAUUUGUACAUGACUGAAAAUGACCUUCUCUCCUAACACUAUUAUAUAAUUUGUGUUUAUACAUGAAUGUGAACUGUUCAACAUGCUGUGGUCAGGUAUUGUAAAUACUGUCUUAUAGCUGAGAUUGUUUUCUCAAUAAAACUGAUUUAAAUGAA